AUGGAAACAAAGCCCAUUCAGUCAUUAACUAAAGAUAUCACUAGAGCUUGCUUGAUAGAGAAAGUUCUUCCUGCUAUUAGAGCAAAAUGGCCAGCUUCUGAUUCAAAUAAUCCUAUAUUUUUACAACAAGAUAAUGUAAGGCCACAUAUUGGUAACAAUGAUUUGGAAUUUAUUGAAGCUACCCGACAAGAUGAAUUUGACAUUAGAUUGUGUUUUCAACCAUUGAACAGUCAAGAUUUAAAUGUUCUAGAUCUUGGUUUUUAUAGAGCAAUCCAAAGUCUUCAACAUCAAAAGGCCCCUAAAAAUGUUGAUGAAUUAGUGGAAGCAGUGGAAAGAUCUUUUGUUGAAAGGAAAGCGAAACAAAUUAGUCAUGUAUUUCAUACUUUACAAUCUUGUAUGAUUGAGGUGAUGAAAGAUAGUGGCGGCAAUAAUUACAAAGUGCCUCAUUUGAACAAAAAUGAACUAGAAAGAGAAGAAAACAUUCCUCUCCAACUUCAUUGUGAUAUUGAUAUCGUCAAAAAAGAUUUGGCUCUACUUCAACAAUGA